GCUUCAUCCAGGCUAGGCUUCUUUAUUCCAUAUAUGUCUGUUGCUGGUGAGUUUCUCGAACACUGCCAACAUGAGUCUACGACAGAUCAAAAUACACUUGUCCUAAAGUUUGAUUCCCCUCCAACGCCAUAUCCGCCUUUCCCAUCUUGCUGCUGCUAUUUAAGCUUGCAACAUGGCGGGGUCAUCCGCGCGCCUAACACCUCCGCCCUCCCCAACGGCUUCGUUCUAUGAUGUGAGCGACGAUGAUGAAGGCGAGUACAACUCCAUUACCCAUACUAGUACGGGUAAGGGGGUAAAGCUUUUAUUUUCCAAAAGCAAGGUCUAUGUACAUCCUACUCCUUCGUCCAAAGACAAUAUACCGGGUUUUAUAGCCCUCAUACAGCAGAAACCUGUUCCUUCCAUGGAACGCAGUUUACCACAGUCUUCCCGCUCCGCCACAUCAAAGGCCGAUACCUCCUCAUACCUCCUUGCAUGGGUCCCGGAAUCUUCCCUGGGCGAUGCAUAUAACACAUAUGUGAAAGUAGAUAUGUCCGAUAGUGCCUCUCCUCCGCGCCAAUCGUAUCUGGUUCCCCCACUCCCCACCACAACUGCUGAUCCUGGCUCGAUCGGCCUGUAUGCUUUUGCUGUUCCUCUAAGCCAGAUAUACUCGUUACUUGUUCGCCCACCGAGUCUGGGUUGGUGGUUCGGUAGUGUUGUUAUAAAUACCAAAGCUGGAGAUAGUUUCCCGGCCCUUUUCUUCCAUGAUACGGAAUGCCAGUCUACCAUCUUGCAAAAGAAGAAACGGACGAGAGAGAGUUUUGACCCGUUCGAUGAAGGCGGUAAUAUGUUUUGGGGAGGUGAUGAGGUUUUAAGAUGGCUGAAGAGAUAUGUAACUGUUGAACGAUCGGGCGCUGAUCCAAGCGCGUACCUGAUCAAUCCGUCGGAGGAGGAUAAGAUGUCUUUCGGCCAACCUCUAACCGUUCAUAAGUCACAGCCUUCACCGAGUGGACAGAGAGAUGCCGGUAUGGAUCCCCUCACUCGAGUGUUGAAAGAAACACGAUGGAAGGUCCUCGAACAGCUCAGUAAAAUUACUACGUUUACCCGGAGGACUGCCCAAGAUAUUGCAGAUAAUCCAAAAGUUCCACCUCAGGUGAGACGUCUUAUGAAAAAUCCGGAAAUCCAGACAUUACAAGAGGAAUUUGAUAGUGCCAGGCUGUAUCUGGCACGAUGGGCCAUGGGAAUCGCUGAGCAGAGCGAACGUGAACGAAAUCAGCGAAUUUGGACAGCAAGGGACAUGCUGGAAAUGGAAGACAGUUCCGUCGGCGAAUUUGAAAUACUGAACAUGGAAGCAGCAAACUUAUCCCUUGCGGACAAACGGAAGCCUGUUACCCUGGAAGAGUGGAAUAGCUGGUUUGACCCUAUAACUGGACGGUUACAGGUUACUCAGGACGAAGCUAAGGAGAGGAUUUUCCACGGGGGCCUAAACCCAAACGACGGUGUUCGUAAGGAGGCUUGGCUAUUCCUGCUUGGGGUAUAUUCCUGGGAAAGUAAUGAUGAUGAACGCAAAGCCAUAAUUAAUUCGAAACGGGAUGAGUAUGUCCGUCUUAAGGGAGCGUGGUGGGAAAGAUUAGUAGAAGGGCUCUCGUCUGCGGAAGACCUUGAAUGGUGGAAAGACCAGAAAGCUCGAAUAGAAAAGGACGUUCACCGCACAGAUCGUACUAUCCCUUUAUUUGCAGGCGAGGAUAUUCCACAUCCCGAUCCCGAUUCUCCAUUUGCUGAAUCGGGUACCAAUGUUCAUAUGGAGCAAAUGAAAGAUAUGCUCCUGACCUAUAACGAAUAUAACCGCGAGCUUGGUUACGUCCAAGGGAUGAGCGACCUCCUCGCCCCGAUAUAUGCUGUAAUGCAGGAUGAUGCUGUAGCCUUCUGGGCAUUUGUUGGCUAUAUGGAGCGAAUGGAACGAAACUUUCUCCGCGACCAAUCUGGGAUGCGGACUCAGCUGCUCACUUUGGACCAACUCGUCCAAUUAAUGGACCCACAACUCUACCUCCAUCUCCAGUCUGCCGACAGCACAAACUUUUUCUUUUUUUUCCGCAUGUUUCUUGUUUGGUACAAGCGGGAAUUUGAAUGGGUGGACGUGCUGAGGCUAUGGGAAGCGCUCUGGACGGAUUAUCUAUCAAGCAAUUUCCAUUUGUUCAUUGCAUUAGCAAUCCUCGAAAAUCAUCGAGAUGUGAUUAUGGAUCAUCUCAAGCAUUUUGACGAGGUUCUCAAAUAUAUCAACGAGCUUUCAAAUACCAUGGAAUUAAUCCCCAUCCUGUCCAGGGCUGAAGCUCUCUUCCACCGCUUCGAAAGGAAAGUCGAAGCUAUCGAUAAGAAGAACAGUUUCCCUGCACCACCCGUUCGCCGACGCAUCGUUGGGUCCCUGGAUAGUGGAACUCACUCCCAACCCCCAACUCCGCGUGCACCCAACGCUCGUACCAACCAAUCCAUCUCCCGCGACCGCCAUCGUAGCACUCCAGCUUCACCACCGCCCAACAACCAAAGGGUUGAUAUAGAACGGAUCAUCACUCCUGAACUCCGGGGCCUCAUGAGCAAGAAAGUAGAGGUUUUGGACGCGGAACAAGUCAGAGUGCAUGGCGGGGGGACGAGGCGGAAUUGAUAAAGUGCCGUUUUGUCUAUGUCAUAAGACUCGCGGGUCAAGUCUCGUAUCGUCUACGACACCUGUCCUCUUUUUUCUUUUUUCUUUUUUCUUUUUUUUUUUUUUCCCACCUGAACGUUUUCACCAUCGAUUCUACCUUCGCGGGAUGCUUAAAUUAGUUCUCUUCAUGCUUCCUUCUGCUCUCUACAUCCUAACGAAAGCGGUCCUUCCGAAAGUUUACUACCCAUCCACACCAACACUGCCAUGAUGAAUUAUCAUUGUGUUAAAUACCUCUUUUUACUCUAUUCCUUUUGUUUUUGGGGCCUUUUACCGUUUCCAGUCUCACCCAUGUACUAUUGUUACGGCGGUGCCUUUGGUUUUAUUCUCUUUCUAAUAUCUCUCUCAAAUAUAUGCUUUCAAACCCAAAUUCGAACAUCUCACAAUGUAGCACACUUCGAAUUCAUCAACUAGAUGAAACGGACCGCUGGUAGCGAGCGCGACGGAGUGCGGUGAUAGCUGAAUAAUUCAAAUGAACUAAAACCUGUUGUUGAUUGUAGUAUAAUAUAUAUCUAUAUAUAUUAUUCUAUUGAAAAGAAGAAAUGUGAGAUGCAAGGACUAAUAGAAAGCGAUAGGGCGAACAAGAAAUGAAUUAAACAAAAUAUUAAAAGGAAAAAAAGAAGAAGAAAGAAGAAAAAAGGAGUUAGACAGACCUGUUGCCUCUAUGUUGGAGAAUAGAUUUGUGAAAAGGGGAAAAAAAGAAAAGAAAAAUAUUAAGAACAAAAGAAGUAAAACGCCGGAGUGUGCAUGAAUUAAAAAUGAAGUAGAAAUGAGACGAAAAAAUGAAGUAGAAAUAAGACGAAAAAAUGAAGUAGAAAUAAGACGAAAAAAUGAAGAAGAAAAACAAGGAAGGAAAAAAAAAUUGAGAACGAAAAGAAAAACCAACAAAGUAAAAUGGCAAGGAGAAAAAUUGAAGAUGAGUGGAAGAGUUGGACAAAGAAGAAACAUCAAAGAAGCAAAUGCAGGGCAAGGAAACGCUGUGGUGAGCGACGCGGAAGCAAAUAUUGACAGAGAACGGGAGAAGGGAAUCAAAAUACCAAAACGGAGACAGGGGAUAAACCUUCAAGUGGCUAAGGAAAUGGAGGGGGCCGCCGUCCAUACAAACGUAACGUCAAUCAGUCAGGUUCAAUCAAAUGGCUCAAAAAUCGCUCAAAAUCGCCCCUUUUCCACAGUAAAAAUCAAAAUCCGUCCAUUUCCAUUUCCAUUCCAUCCAUCCAUCCAACCCAUAACCUACCAUUCCUCCCUAGAAAUCCAAGAGUCCCGAGUCCUUAAAAGUUAGAGCAAAAAAAGUGAAAAGGGGAUUACACAAACGAAUGUAUCCCAUAAAAAUGCAAGGUAAUAUAUAGCCUAGCUCCCCGCCCGCUCGAGGGUUGAUUUCAAAUAUCAUUCAUUCCCUCCCCAGUCCCCGCAGAUACACCCGUUUAUUCCCACCACCACCUGUAUCACUAACGCUCCUCUGACCGCCAUCAGCUCGGUCCCGGAGCGCAUCCUCCUGCAAAACAUUCGGUCGAAACCGCCUGAGGUUCCCAUAGGAGCGCUCGGUUCUUAAUGUGGCAGAGGUGCGUCGGGCACGUCCGACAACAUCUUCCACCCAGGCCUCGCUCUCGGGGCUGAUUGAUACUCGUCUGGAUUUGGGAUUCGGGCCUGCGAGGCCGAGGGGCGUGGAGACGAAUUGUUGGCCUUCGCCGCCAUAGGCGGAGGCGACGCUCAUGGAUGCGUUUGAUGAUGUGGAGAGCCUGCGGCGUGCGGAUGAGAGAAAAGAAAGAGGCCCGCCACCGGUAGAAGAGGAUCCUUCGGAGGCCUUUUCGAUGUUUGCGGAUGUGAGAUUUGGGAGUUCAGAGUGGUUUGCCAUGGAUCGACGGGCUUUGCGGACGGUGAGUGAAGAGGGUGGGCGGAUGUCGAAGGCGGAGCCAGGGCGGGAUACAGGGGUCGAACGGCCGGUGCUAGGGACUUGUUUGUUCUGUGUGGAAUAGUUGGGCGAGGUGUUAUGGUUGGGAAGGCCGCGGACUUCAAAUUUCGCGUCUGAGACAUUUCGCCGACCGUGGUGGACGGCGUAUUCUCGAAGAUAUUCUCCUAAAUCAGCCCAUCCACCGCCAACUCGCACCAUGACUCGUUCUCCAUCUUCACCGACUGAACGAACAAAGAGCUUGAGGGGGGCUGCUUUACCAGGACGAUGCAGAUGGUAGAGUCUAACUGCAGACCCGUCAUCGUGGUAUGUGUGCGUUCGUCGCGAACGGCCGAAGGCUGGUGUCAGGGUGAGUGAUGGCGUAGGGGUAUUGCUGCGACUUGACAUUGGGGAUUGUGAUUGUAAACGAUCUCUUUUUGGGGUUGAGUACGAAGGUUCCGACGCACGAGGAGUGCUUUUAGUACUCUUAGUACUCUCUGGAGUCGAGGCUAGAUGGAUUCGGGUGGGAAUUGUGAAUCGGCAGCUGCAUUUCUAGGUUGUGUGGUAGCGUGAGUAGUCGAUGCAGCGUUUUUCUCUUUAUGUGUUGAAAUACAUGUGACUGGACUGAGAAGUCUAGAAAGUCGCUUGCUGGACCUGCGUGGAAGGAUUGGAGGCGGGGUAGGGGUGUCCUGAGUUUGAACGACUUCAUUUUUGCUGUGCGAAAUAUGUAUUGAUGGCGAUGGUUCUUCGGCAGUCGACGGAAGCGACUCAGUUGAGGUUGAUAUGCGUGGUCCACGGGGAUAGUUGGGGUUGACGCCUAGAGACCUGUUGCUAAUUCGAUUUAUGGAUGAUAGAGCUAGAGAAGAAACAGAGCGGCGAAGAUUUGGCGCAGGUCUCUGUCCGUUUGUAGGUCCCAUACUAAGCCUGUUUGAGACUAUGAUACUGCGCAGUUCGGUUUUUGGUAAAACCCCAAUGGACGCAGAAGAUGCCUGUUUGACCUCGGAUUGAUGUUUUGAUUCAUUGGGAUCGCCCAUUUCGUGAACAUCCUGAGGAUCUCCAUCCACGAACCGCUCGAGUGGUAGGCUCAUGGUCCGUUGGACUGCAGGUCGGGAAGAACUAGUGUUUCUAUUUUUUAAUUCUGCGGAUUUUGUUCGUGACAGAAUAUUUCCGCCAUGCCCGAGAGCCCAGGGAGCCUUAGAACCAGUUGUGAGAAAGCCACUCGGAGAUUCAACUAUGAUAGGACUGCCAUGAGCGGUUGCUACUUGAGCGUCCUUAAUCUCAGGAUCGGAGCCAUACGAGAACCCCGAACCUACAGUUGAAGCGAUAGAAACAAUUGAAUCUCGACGCGCAGAGAUGUCCAGUUUAAGACCUUCUGGCCUGUUCUUGGUAGUGCUGCGGGGGCUCAACUCAGCACUUGUAGGAGAAGAUGAUAUCCAUGUAUUAGUAACGUUGAAAGGGCUGGCCUGGCUAGGCGAUGCUUUGGGUGCCGGCGACUGCGGGGAAGCUGGAUCGGUAAUCUUAGAUCGCGAAGGGGAAUGUAAUGAUGCAUUGAUCUCGAUAGGUUCUCCAGAGAGGUUUUGUUCUCCUGUAGUAUCGGGAUAGUUUCUAGUGUUUUUAGGGGUCUCUAUCACCCCUGAGCAGGGUUUGUCACGAGAAAUUGAAGUCUCAGUCCAAGGAGUUCCGUCAGAGGAAUGGUCUUCAAGCCGCUGAAUGGGUGGAUUUGAUAAUGCAUCGAUGCUCUGCUCGUAUAUCAGGUGAUCAGCGGUGUCAGAAAACGAC